AUGGAUCAAACACAAACAUCAGCAGAUGAAGAUUUUUCUACAGGAUGCAGUUCAGAUCAUCAGAAGAGAUCAGAUCCAGAGUUCAGCUGUGUGAAGAGUGACCUGUCUAUUCAUCAACCAGUAAAUUUUAAGAGUGAUGAUACAAGGCAUAAUCUAAGACCCGAUGUAACUGAACCCGACUGUGAGGGUAGGAAGAUUGAGCAAUCUGAGAAUCAAACGCCAGACUUCAAUGAAAACACGAGUCCUUGUUUCAGCCAUGAGUCUAAUCUUGCUGAUGUCCUGGACACAUUCAGAUCAAAUCUGAGGAAGAAGUUUGAGUGUUUGUAUGAUGUAACAUCAAAUGAGAGAAACCCAACACUACUGAAUGAGAUCUACACAGAGCUCUACAUCACAGAGAGUGAAAGUGGAGAGAUCAGUAAUGAACAUGAAGUUAGACAGAUUGAGACACAAUCCAGAAGAACAACAACAGAGGAGACACCAAUCAAAUGUAAUGAUAUCUUUAAACCUUUACCUGAACAAGACAAACACAUCAGAAGUGUGCUUACAAAGGGAGUCGCUGGCAUUGGAAAAACAGUCUCUGUACAGAAGUUCAUUCUAGACUGGGCUGAAGAGAAAGAGAAUCAGGACGUCCACCUCAUAUUUCCACUUCCUUUCAGAGAGAUCAAUUUGAUGAAGGACAAAACACUCAGUCUUUUAGAUCUUCUUCAUUUUUUCUUCCCACAAACAAAAGAAAUGGAAAUCUUCAGUGAUGAAUAUAAAGUGUUGUUCAUCUUUGAUGGUUUGGAUGAGUGUCGUCUGUCUCUGGAUUUUCACAGCAGUGUGAGGUUGUGUGAUGUAAGUGAAUCAACCUCAGUGGACGUGAUGCUGACAAACCUUAUCAAGAGGAAUCUGUUUCCCUCGGCUCUCAUCUGGAUCACCUCCAGACCAGCAGCAGUUGAUCUCAUCCCCUCUGAGUAUGUUGAUCGAGUCACAGAGGUACGAGGCUUCACUGAUCCACAGAAGGAGGAAUACUUCAGGAAGAGAAUCAGUGAUGAGAGGCUGGCCAGGAGAAUCAUCUCACACCUGAAGUCAUCCAGGAGUCUCUACAUCAUGUGUCACAUCCCAGUCUUCUGCUGGAUUUCAGUCACUGUUCUAAAGAGAAUGUUGAGUGAAGCAGAGAGAAGAGAGAUCCCCAAGACUCUCACUCAAAUGUACACACACUUCCUGAUCAUUCAGACAAACAUCAAACAUCAGAAGGACUAUGAGAAGAAAGAUGAAGACAUGACCUUCAAACUGGGGAAACUGGCUUUUGAGCAGCUUGUGAAAGGCAAUCUGAUCUUUUAUGAUGAAGACCUGAGAGAGUGUGGCAUUGAUGUAGCAGAAGCAUCGGUGUACUCGGGAUUGUGUACUCAGAUCUUCAGAGAGGAGUUUGGUUUGUAUCAGGGGAAAGUUUACUGCUUUGUUCAUCUCAGCAUCCAGGAACAUCUAGCAGCUCUUUAUGCUCACAUCUCCUUCACAAACUACAACAGAUAUGUGUUUGAUCAAAGUCAUAAGGCAGGUUGGUUUUGGAAAAUAUUGAGCAGAUUAAUAUGUAAAUCAUCAGAACAGAUUUUAUUAUCUGAGUUACAUCAGCGAGCUGUAGAUAAAGCUUUACAGAGUAAGAAUGGACAACUGGAUCUUUUCCUGCGUUUUCUUCUGGGUCUUUCACUGGAGUCCAAUCAGAUUAUCUUACAGGAUCUACUGACACAGAUGAGAAGAUGCUCCUACAUGAAAGAGGAAACUGUUAAGUACAUUAAACAGAAGAUGAAUGAGAAUCUGUCUCCAGAGAAAUCCAUCAAUCUGAUUCACUCUCUGAAUGAAAUGGGUGAUGAUUCACUGCUGCAGGAUAUUCAAGAUUAUGUGACAUCUUCAUCAUUAGGAAAGACCAAACUCUCCUCUUCACAGUGGGCAGCUUUAGUUUUUGUUUUGUUGACGUCUGAGCAAAAUUUGGAUAAACUCAUUCUAAAUAAAUUUAUUGGGGAUAAAAAUAAAGCAGAUGAAGUUCUUGUGAGACUGCAGCUUGUGAUUAAAGAAACCAAAAAACUACAGUUGAGUGAUUGUAAUAUCACAGAUGAAGGUUGUGUUGCUCUGAAUUCAGCUCUGAGAUCAAACCCAUCACACCUGACACAUCUGGAUCUGUCUGAGAAUAAUCUAAAAGAUUCAGGAGUGACCCUGAUCUCUGAUGUACUGAAGAAUCCUGACUGUAAACUAGAAAUACUGGGGUUGUAUAAAUGUGAUAUCAUGGAUGAAGGUUGUGUUGCUCUGACUUCAGCUCUUAUAUCAAACCCAUCACACCUGAGAGAUCUGAAUCUGUCUUAUAACAAACUUAGAGAUUCAGGAGUGAAGCUGAUCUCUGAUGUACUGAAGAAUCCUGACUGUAAACUGAAGAUACUGAACUUGAAUAAGUGUGAUAUCACAGAUGAAGGUUGUGUUGCUCUGACUUCAGCUCUGAGAUCAAACCCAUCACACCUGAGAGAUCUGGAUCUGUCUUAUAAUUAUCUCACAGAUUCAGGAGUGAAGCUGAUCUCUGAUGUACUGAAGAAUCCUGAUUGUAAACUGGAGUUACUGGAAUUGUCUAGUUGUGAUAUUACAGAUGAAGGUUGUGUUGCUCUGACUUUUGCUCUGAGAUCAAACCCAUCACACCUCACACAUCUGAAUCUGUCUGAUAAUAAACUAAGAGAUUCAGGAGUGAAGUUUAUUUCUGAUGUACUGAAGAAUCCUGACUGUAAACUGAAGAUACUAAAGUUGUUUAAGUGUAAUAUCAGAGAAGAAGGUUGUUUUGCUCUGACUUCAGCUCUGAGAUCAAACCCAUCACACCUGACACAUCUGGAUCUGUCUGAUAAUAAACUAAGAGAUUCAGGAGUGAAGCUAAUCUCUGAUGUACUGAAGAAUCCUGACUGUAAACUGGAGAUACUGAACUUGUGUAAGUGUGAUAUCACAGAUGAAGGUUGUGUUGCUCUGUCUUCAGCUCUGAGAUCAAACCCAUCACACCUGAUAGAUCUGGAGCUGUCUGAUAAUAAUCUAAGAGAUUCAGGAGUGAAGCUUAUCUCUGAUGUACUGAAGAAUCCUGACUGUAAACUGGAGAUACUGAAGUUGAGGAGUUGUAAUAUCACAGAUAAAGGUUGUGGUGCUCUGAAUUCAGCUCUGAGAUCAAACCCAUCACACCUGAGAGAUCUGUAUCUGGAUGGGAAUAAUAUCACAGUUUCAGGAUUAAAGAUAAUCUCUGAUCUAAAAGAUGACCCACAUUAUAAACUUGAGACAGUACGACAGGGCCAUAAACAAAUCACACAAACAGAGCUUGUAGAGGUAGAUAAGAUUAAGAAUGAGCUUUUGAAACUGCAGCUGGAACAGGCCAACACAAAAAAGAAAAAAAUGCCCCAGCAGGCCCAACCAACACCAGUAGCUAUGACAACUAGUGUCCCGGACAACAAAACCCGUGGGAGGGAUAUAACCAACAGAGAAGGGGAGGGCCAAGAAGGAGUAGUAGACCACAACGGGGAGGUUUUGGAGGUUUUGGCAGGAAUACAUGUUAUGUGUGCGGACAAGAAGGUCAUUGGGCCAGAAGAUGCCCUCAAAAUGGGUCACAGCCCCAAUAUUCCGGUGUAA